AUGCUCAACGAAUUGAACGAAGCAGGGAAGAGAAUAGGACUACGAACAAACAGAAAGAAGACACAGUUCAUGAAGAACGCCCACUGCGAGGACGGAGGAGUACAACUUGAAGGCUCCCAAAUCGUGGAAACUCCGUCAUACGUAUAUCUCGGACGUUCUAUGAACAUGGAAAACGACUUGAAGGAAGAACUAAAUAGAAGAAUGAGAGCAGCAUGGGCAGCAUUCGCAGCCGUUAGGGAAGCUACGGACCAACUGACGGACCAAGAUCUUCGUGCCCAUCUGUUCGACUCGACAGUCCUUCCAGCGCUCUGUUACGCAGCGGAGACGUGGGCAGACACCGCGGCCACGUCUAGGAAGCUACUUACUACCCACAGAACCCUUGAGAGAUGUCUCCUGAAGUUUAACCGGCGCACACAACACCUUGCCGGUCUUCGUAGCUCCGACUUAAGAGGAAUGUCCCGCCUUCGCGACCCAGCGGAAUAUGUAUCGAAAGCAAAACAUAGAUGA